UUGGCGGGCGGGGCCAGGGCCGGGAGCGGGGCGGCAGCGGCAGCCAUAGCCAUAGCCAUAGCCAUGGACCUGGCGGUGGCGGCCGGCGGAGCGGGAGCGGUACAACAGCAUCAGCAGCUGCGGGAUGAGGUGGCCGAGAAGUGCCAGAAGCUGUUCCAGGAUUUUCUCGAGGAAUUCCAGAAUAGUGAUGGGGAGGUCAAAUACCUGCGUGAUGCUGAGGAGCUGAUCCGGCCGGAGCGUAACACACUGACCGUGAGCUUUGUGGAUUUGGAGCAGUUCAAUCAGCAGCUCUCUACCACUGUUCAGGAGGAAUUUUACAGGGUUUAUCCUUAUCUUUGCCGAGCAGUGAGGACUUUUGCUAGAGACCAUGGAAACAUUCCUGCAAACAAGGACUUCUAUGUCGCGUUUCAGGAUCUUCCUACCAGACACAAGAUUCGAGAACUGACAUCUGCCAAAAUUGGCUCGCUGAUGCGUAUCAGUGGGCAGGUGGUACGUACCCACCCAGUUCAUCCAGAGCUUGUCAGUGGAACCUUCCUCUGCCUGGACUGCCAGACAGUGAUUAAGGAUGUGGAACAGCAAUUUAAGUAUACACAGCCAAACAUCUGCAGAAACCCAGUCUGUGCCAACAGAAGGAGAUUCCUGCUGGACACAAACAAAUCAAGAUUUGUUGACUUCCAAAAGGUUCGCAUUCAAGAGACACAGGCCGAGUUGCCCCGAGGCAGCAUUCCUCGAAGCGUGGAAGUGAUCUUGCGUGCAGAAGCAGUAGAAUCUGCUCAGGCAGGUGACAAAUGUGACUUCACAGGGUCACUGAUUGUUGUGCCUGAUGUGGCUCAGCUGUCAACACCAGGAGUACGUGCAGAAACUGGCUCACGGGUUAGUGGGACAGACGGCUAUGAAGCUGAAGGAAUCCGGGGACUUCGUGCCCUUGGAGUCAGAGAAUUGUCCUACAAACUGGUCUUUUUAGCCUGUUAUGUUGCACCAACAAAUCCACGGUUCGGUGGAAAAGAGCUUCGAGAUGAAGAACAGACUGCAGAAAGCAUUAAAAACCAGAUGACAGUAAAAGAGUGGGAAAAGGUGUUUGAAAUGAGCCAAGAUAAGAAUCUCUAUCAUAAUCUGUGUACCAGCCUCUUCCCCACUAUCCAUGGCAAUGAUGAAGUGAAACGUGGCGUUCUGCUGAUGCUUUUUGGAGGAGUUCCUAAGACCACCUCAGAGGGCACUUCACUGCGUGGGGACAUCAAUGUUUGUGUUGUUGGUGAUCCGAGUACAGCCAAGAGUCAAUUUCUAAGGCAUGUGGAUGAAUUCAGUCCUCGUGCUGUAUACACCAGCGGGAAAGCCUCCAGUGCUGCUGGUCUAACAGCAGCUGUUGUAAAAGAUGAAGAGUCACAUGAAUUUGUCAUUGAAGCUGGAGCACUGAUGUUGGCAGAUAAUGGUGUUUGUUGCAUUGAUGAAUUUGACAAAAUGGACAUGCGGGAUCAGGUUGCCAUUCAUGAGGCAAUGGAGCAGCAGACUAUAUCCAUUACUAAAGCUGGAGUAAAGGCUACCCUGAAUGCCAGGACCUCCAUUUUGGCUGCAGCAAACCCAGUUGGUGGCCGCUAUGACAGAUCUAAGUCAUUGAAACAGAAUAUAAACCUGUCAGCUCCCAUCAUGUCUCGGUUUGAUCUCUUCUUCAUCCUUGUGGAUGAAUGUAAUGAGGUCACAGAUUACGCCAUUGCCAGACGCAUAGUGGAUCUGCAUGCCAGAGUAGAAGAAUCUGUUGAUCGUGUCUAUUCAUUAGAUGAUAUUAGAAGGUACCUGCUGUUUGCAAGACAGUUUAAACCAAAGAUAUCUAAGGAAUCUGAGGACUUCAUAGUGGAGCAGUAUAAACGCCUUCGGCAGCGUGACAGCUCUGGGGUGACAAAGUCAUCCUGGAGAAUCACAGUGCGGCAGCUGGAAAGCAUGAUUCGCUUGUCUGAAGCCAUGGCCCGUAUGCACUGCUGUGAUGAGGUUCAUCCAAAACAUGUGAAGGAAGCUUUCAGGCUUUUAAACAAAUCCAUCAUUAGAGUUGAGACACCUGAUAUCAAUCUAGACCAAGAUGAUGAGCAGGAAAUGGAGUACCAAGAAGAGCAGGAUGGAGUCAAUGGUGAAGCAGAAGCUCCUGCUGGAGUCAAUGGACUUGUGAAUGGGACAAGUGGCCAUUCUGAGGACAUGAACAAGGAUGCAGCACCCAAAGCUUCUCUUAGGCUGGGCUUCUCUGAGUACCGACGAAUUUCUAAUCUUCUCGUGUUGCACCUCAGAAAAGCAGAGGAAGAAGAGGAUGAUUCAUCGUUAAAGAAAAGUGAACUUAUUAAUUGGUAUCUGAAGGAAAUUGAAUCUGAAAUUGAAUCAGAAGAAGAGCUAAUAAACAAAAAGAAGAUCAUUGAGAAAGUCAUUUACCGACUUACACGUUAUGACCACAUUCUGAUCGAACUGUCCCAGUCAGGCCUGAGGGGUUCCAAAGAAGAGGAGACUUUUGAUGAAGACCCGUACCUGGUUGUCAACCCCAACUAUAUGCUGGAGGACUAAGGGCUGAGAACUGGGCUGUAGAACUGACUGGUGACAUAUUGGAAAAUACAUUCUUUCUGCAUUCUUGCAAUGGUUGCUGUAUAACUAACAAAGUUGUAUCAGUGCUUUACUUUGGGAUGCGCCAAUAUGCAAUUAGUGAUGUAUGGUUGGUUGUACACACUGAACAUACCUAGAAGUUUUAAAAGAAAUAACAUCUAUUAGUUGGAUUAUUACUUUUGGGUUUUACCAUCGUCACCCAGGUGAAGAGGAGACUCAUGCAGUAACUCUUUUUAGUGUCAAGUGAAGAAGGCACUUCUGUUUUAAAUGAGAGGAAUUUUCUUAUAUUCAUGAUUGUUUUAUUGACUUCUGUUUUAAAUGAGAGGAAUUUUCUUAUAUUCAUGAUUGUUUUAUUGUAUUUAGUAGAUUUUUUAUGCUAUGGGCUUUUAUUGCUUUUCUUAAUAACAUAAAUAAAAGGCCAUUAAAUGUUUGGGGGUGGAUUUGUUAUUAGUAUGUGGGGUUGUUAUUUUCUAUGACUGUGCUUUGAGAUUGAAAAAUUAGUGAUCUAAACCCUUUGUAUCUUAACAAAGAUUAAGUUUCUUGGAUGACAGAUGCUGUUUUAGGAAGUAUUUAAAUACCAGUAACAGAUAAUGACAAUGGAUUACUUCUUUUUCUUUUUAGAUUUCGUAAAGCUGUGCAUGCUCCUGUUGCAUGUAUAGAACAGAACAUUUGAAAUAGUUGAGCCCAAAGCAAGGCUUUUAGGUCAGGAUGGCAAAACCCUCCCAGCUAGAGGAAUGUCUUGACUCGUAAGUGACUUGAACGGUGCCAUCGUUUGUGAGGGAUUUUUAAGAGAGCAUGAGUAAAUUUGUUUACAGAUAAUCGUGUAAGAAAGUUUUACUUAAAUUUAUAUUGGUCUCAGUUAUAUGCUGUAUGGUAUGGGAUUGUUACAUUAUUUUAGAAGACAAAUAUUCAAGUAUUUUUAAUUCUUAUCAACCUGAUAUCAGCACCUAUGAAAGAUUUGUAAACGCUCAAAGACUGCCAUGAUAUUUUAAGUAGUGGUGUAGACUGUUUCUAAAUCAGUUCCAGAAGUGGAGCUGAUUUGUAGUUACCGUUUUCUUGUUAGUCUCUACUAACCUUGGGAUAGAUGGGGAGUUAGCUCAAAACUUAACUGCCAUUGCUGGACCUCUCCUUUGUGAGUUAGUACACAGAAUACAUCUGCAGAACCACAUCCUACCCAAAGAAGCUCUGGGCCCUGCUGUGUCUGACAUGUAUGUGACCGUUCCAUUAAUAAUUUGUAAUGCGAUUUAACUGUAAUUUAAGGUGGAAAAAUGUACAUUUUUAUUUGUUUAGAAAGAUAAAAAUGUCUAAAAGCC